AUGUCUGAAAGACCAAAAGAUGUCACACUAACACAUGGGGCCACAAACAUUACAGAUGAGGAAACCGACUACACAUCACAGAAGUCUGAAAUACCAAAAGAUGUCACACUAACACAUGGGGCCACAAACAUUACAGAUGAGGAAACCGACUACACAUCACAGAUGUCUGAAAGACCAAAAGAUGUCACACUAACACAUGGGGCCACAAACAUUGCAGAUGAGGAAACCGACUACACAUCACAGAAGUCUGAAAGACCAAAAGAUGUCACACUAACACAUGGGGCCACAAACAUUAGAGAUGAGUCUGAAAGACCAAAAGAUGUCACACUAACACAUGGGGCCACAAACAUUACAGAUGAGGAAACCGACUACACAUCACAGAAGUCUGAAAGACCAAAAGAUGUCACACUAACACAUGGGGCCACAAACAUUACAGAUGAGGAAACCGACUACACAUCACAGAAGUCUGAAAGGCCAAAAGAUGUCACACUAACACAUGGGGCCACAAACAUUAGAGAUGAGGAAACCGACUACACAUCACAGAUGUCUGAAAGACCAAAAGAUGUCACACUAACACAUGGGGCCACAAACAUUACAGAUGAGGAAACCGACUACACAUCACAGAAGUCUGAAAUACCAAAAGAUGUCACACUAACACAUGGGGCCACAAACAUUACAGAUGAGGAAACCGACUACACAUCACAGAUGUCUGAAAGACCAAAAGAUGUCACACUAACACAUGGGGCCACAAACAUUGCAGAUGAGGAAACCGACUACACAUCACAGAAGUCUGAAAGACCAAAAGAUGUCACACUAACACAUGGGGCCACAAACAUUACAGAUGAGGAAACCGACUACACACCACAGAAGUCUGAAAGACCAAAGGAUGUUACACUAACACAUGGGGCCACAAACAUUGCAGAUGAGGAAACCGACUACACAUCACAGAAGUCUGAAAUACCAAAAGAUGUCACACUAACACAUGGGGCCACAAACAUUACAGAUGAGGAAACCGACUACACAUCACAGAUGUCUGAAAGACCAAAAGUUGUCACACUAACACAUGGGGCCACAAACAUUACAGAUGAGGAAACCGACUACACAUCACAGAAGUCUGAAAUACCAAAAGAUGUCACACUAACACAUGGGGCCACAAACAUUACAGAUGAGGAAACUGACUACACAUCACAGAUGUCUGAAAGACCAAAAGAUGUCACACUAACACAUGGGGCCACAAACAUUGCAGAUGAGGAAACCGACUACACAUCACAGAAGUCUGAAAGACCAAAAGAUGUCACACUAACACAUGGGGCCACAAACAUUACAGAUGAGGAAACCGACUACACACCACAGAAGUCUGAAAGACCAAAGGAUGUCACACUAACACAUGGGGCCACAAACAUUGCAGAUGAGGAAACCGACUACACAUCACAGAAGUCUGAAAUACCAAAAGAUGUCACACUAACACAUGGGGCCACAAACAUUACAGAUGAGGAAACCGACUACACAUCACAGAUGUCUGAAAGACCAAAAGAUGUCACACUAACACAUGGGGCCACAAACAUUACAGAUGAGGAAACCGACUACACACCACAGAAGUCUGAAAGACCAAAGGAUGUUACACUAACACAUGGGGCCACAAACAUUACAGAUGAGGAAACCGACUACACAUCACAGUAG